GAACGUUUGCUUUUUUGCAAACUUAAAAAAAUAGCCAUAAAUAUAUAGAUAAAUUCCAAAUUAAUUGUUUGAAUUAAACUGUAGAAACUUUUAAACAAUGAAGUGUUGCUGUAAUCGUUACACUUUUGGUAUUAUCCUCGGCUCCUUGAAUCUGGUGUGUAGUACGCUGUAUUUUAUUUUACAAUGUAUUAAUUACAAAGAUUUUUCAUCAGACAAAGGAACAAAAUAUGAAGCUAUCAGAACAUUGUUCUUCAUGGCAGCAACCGCCUUAAUAUCGGCAGUCUUUAUAUAUGCUAUUGUAAAGAGAAAAUACAAAUUGAUAAUGGCCUGGUUGUUUCUUUGUGUAUCUGGUAUGCUAGCCAGUUUAAAACUCUUAAUUAUUGCGAUCAUUGAGGCUUCCAAGGGUAAAACUUCCGGCGAUGAAUCUGUAGUAAACAUUUUAAUAGGUGUACUAACACUUGUUAUUGAAAUUGCUGUUUUCUGGUUCAGUUUGUCUUUGUACAGAAAAAUACGCGACGAUAGUAGGAAACCCGGCAAUGCCUCGGUCGCUUAUCAAACUGAUUACAGUUCAGUGCCAAAUAGAGCUUAACUUUGAAAUUAUCGAAAUGCAAAAAACAGUUUUUGCUGGCCUAGGAUCAACUGAAAUAAAUAUUUUAACUUUUUCAUAGAAAUAUCAUAUAUUUUUUAAUAACAAAAUUUGUCUUAAUAUUUAUGUUUUUAAAUGAACUUAUGUGAGAAGUUAAUAUAUUUAGCUGGAUGAGAGAACAAAUAAAUUGAAUGCUUGACUUUUGUGUGAAGGUCUUGA